UGUGUCAUGACGCGAUCAGACCACAUGUCCUGACACGAGUUUAACAUUUUUUCCCCAUCCAAAAAAAGUGUACAACGCUGCUAAAGAAGUUUUCACUUCAAAAAGUUUUUUAGAAAUAAAUCAACACGGCCUAACCUAGGUAUAGGCUAGUAAAUUCAAUUAGGAUUUUAGUUCUUCCAGCCUAAAAUCAUUAUUGGAACGUUCGACAGUUGAUUGACCUGAAGUAUAAUUGUGUCAUAGUCACAGAACCGCCACAACAUUGUUUCAGUCCGAGAGCAUCAAGGUUGGUCCUUUCCACAUAAUCUGUGACCGCACAUUAGUGCUUUCGCGUCGACCCUUGUUUUGCAGUGCGGCUGAGCUGCGCGUGAGAUCAUUACAACUCCGUUUACUCGCUCCUUUGCAUCAAACUCGUUAUUUAGUAUAUUCGCUAUGGUAACCUUAACAGGAGUGAUAUGAUAGGAGAGAAGAACUAGUUAUUAUGUGUCUAGAUAAAUGAACAGUGCUCGGAUUUUAUCUGACAAAAAUAAUAAUAUGAUUAACAAAGAGAUGCGUUCACCGUUUCUAGAAAUCAUAUUCCAAGCAGAGAUCAGCAGAUACGAAGAUUCUGACUUCGAGGAACUGGCCCGUAUAAACUGCUAUGAAGACCCAAAAACCAGAUCGAAACUCAUCCAAGAACUGCGCAAUAUGAUAAUUGAGCGAAAGGAAUGCCAGCCACACCGAAUGGACGACGCUUACAUGCUCAAAUUUCUGCGUUGUCGCAAAUUUAUACCUGCGCUUGCGCAUAAACUGAUGGUGCGUUACGAAGUGUUCCGAAGACAAAACCCCGAAAUUUACCAUUGUGAUGCGUUUGCUCUACGCGAAGUGAGGAAUGUGUACAGCGGAAUUUAUCCUGAAAGCCCAGAGUAUGGCCGGAUUAUAAUUAUGAAUUUUGGCAAAUGGGAUACAGACGCAGUUACUGCUCUAGACGUGCUCCGGUGCGCUGCGGUCUUGAACGAAGUGGUUUUGGAGCAGCCAAAGAUGCAGAUACUGGGUAUCACGACUAUCUUGGACAUGGAUGGAUUCGGCUUUAGACACGUCUGCAGUGUGAACACCUCUACAGUCUACAAUAUGAUCAACCUUUUUGGGAUUGGAUUUCCACUAAUGGUACAUGGCAUCCACAUUAUCAACUACAAUUGGUUUUUCAACCCUUUCCUCAGCCUGAUGAGGAGAUUCAUACCCAAAUCUAUUUGGAAGAGAAUACAUUUCCACGGUACUGAUGUAAGUUCCCUCCAAAAGCACGUUGACAUCAAAUACCUGCCGCCGAAAUAUGGAGGAACUGGUAUAGAAUUCAAGAGUGAAGAAUGGUUUGAAAAGAUUAACAUAUACAAAGAUGAAUGUCUAGUGAGAACAUUACGAAACUUGGGAUACAUUAUUAACUAAUCUUUAUUGUAUGAUUGAAAUACUAAUUGCUAUAAUCUCCCAAUAAAAAAUUAAAGGGACUAGAUGAGGUAGUUUAAUACAAUGUAGUUAAAUUAUCAGCUUGACUAAAAAAUUUUCUUACAAAGACUUUAAAAAGAUCUCAUUAUAAUACUUUGUAGGAAUGUGGUAUAUUUUUAAAGUUAACGUUUUAUUAUUUUAUUUUGUGUGUAUUUUCUUUUAUAAAUACUUACAUAAUU